AUGGACUUGCGGCUACUUGCGGCGCUCGGGGCGCUGCUGUGCGUCUGCUGCAGCAUCGAGGAGGGCUCAGCUUAUACGUUCAGGACUUUCAUGGGCGCGGAAAUUGCCGCAACUGCGAUCUCGAGCAGCGCGGUCGUGCAGCGUCCAACAUUGCCCUUCCGUCAGGUAAUUGAUUUCUGCAAGAUGGACUUGCGGCUGCUUGCGGCGCUCGGGGCGCUGCUGUGCGUCUGCUGCAGCGUCGAGGAGGGCUCAGCUUAUACGUUCAGGACUUUCAUGGGCGCGGGAAUUGCCGCAACUGCGAUCUCGACCAGCGCGCUCGUGCAGCGUCCAUGCGAGUGUCGCGCGCUGUGCCGGGACGGAUGCGUCGCGGUGGCCAUCAGGCGUCAGCCGCCACGCCACUUCCACUGCUCCUUCACUGACAAAACCUUCGCUAACGUCACCACCGGACUUACGGUCCCUGCUCCCGACAGCAGUGUUUUCUACAAACGUAAAUGCCUUGUUUGCCUGCCUGGCUUCAUGCUCGUGAACAACGUGGGCUGCAUUUACGUCUCCACCGUCGCACUGAACUUCACCGCCGCCGCCGCGUCCUGUCCCUUCGACUCCCAACUCUUCACCGCCAACUUCCUCAUCGACUUCGACGCCAUGCGGGAAUACCUCUUGAAGAAUUUCACUACCUCGGGCACAUUCUUUUGGAUUGGCCUGAUCCAUGCCCCGGACUCCACUUGGCAAUGGCUCGGAGGCGGAACCAUCCCAGCCACUCACCCAUCACCAUACUGGGGUCAAAUUGACCCAAAUGAGCCAGCUACAGUGACCAGCUGUGUGGGAAUGUAUCUUAAUACAUUCCCACAACUGAGUUACUUGUAUCAUCUGGCCGAUGCACCUUGUGCCACAGCCUCCAAGUUUCUGUGCAAGCAGAUUUGAAUUCAGUGGCUUGAAAUGACAUAAAUGCGCCCUUUUUUCCGUCAGCUAACCAAUAACUAUGUUUACUCUGGCCCAAAUCCUCUAAAUUAUCCAAGUUUUUUGCAUACCUGCUAUUUUUGGCAAACAGUAAAAAGCCAAAAUUAGACCGCUGAUACGAGACCCGGACCUCUAGCAAAAAUUGAAUGAAUUUAUGUGUCACGCCUGCAAAAGGUUGAUCGCUGUUUCUCUAUAUCCGUGAGCUUUUUUUACGUUAAUCGGCUUUUUUAUAGUAAAUCAUCGUUGCAAUGGAAUCGGGAUUCCUGACACGCAUUCACAAUCUCCGUUUCGUACUCUGAAUUUCCGGUCAAGGCGACAUUUCCUUGAUCUCGUUAAUUACUCCGUAUCACCACAGAAUGUGGAGCAUGACUUGAAUUAUUUACUAGGUGAUGCAUUGGCGGCUUGAGUUAGAGACUCAAGCUGCUUAAUUUCGUUUACUUAUUAAUCAUAAGUCAUUAGGACGCACGCAUUGGCCUGCGAUGCGUUACAAUCCUACAAUCUUCUAGUUAAUCCCUACAUGUGGCGUCUCAGUUCAGUUGAAAUUAGAUGAAUUUCGACUUUGAAGAAGUUUGACUGGCAAUUAUUAUCAAAUGAGACGGAUUACCAAGUUCUCAGUUUUAUGCCUGACUUCACUUUUGUCUUUCCACUCGUGUUAUUUUCAGCUCGAAUUUAUGACCGUGUGUAUUGCUUAUAUAUUAUACCUUUUUUUAUUGUAAGCGAUUGAUAUAUAUAGCCAGUAUAAUCGUCUUUAUGACACUCAAUUAAAAUUUUACUAAUAUGUGGUAAAACAUAUAUAACAUUGUAAUUGUUUCUAAACGUUCCAAUUUUCAAUAUUCAGAGUUACAGUCGUAAGGAAUGAUUGAACAAUGGUCACUCCUUGGCUCGAAAAUGCAACAUAUGGAAUUUGUUUUUCAGUAAUGACUGAAUCAUAAAUAUUAGUUUGAAAAAUAAUAAGUAAAUUAAUACAAAAAUUUGUUUUUCAGUAAUGACUGAAUUAAUCAUAAAUGACUUAUCUUACCUCCGCAGUCAAGUCUUUCGCUCCCAUGAUUCAAUUAUAAUGAAAGUAUUAGACGCUAAUAGACAGUAAUGAUGGACAGUCAUUACGACUACCAAUUAAUGAAGAUAUAUAGUUAUAACAAUAAUGACUCUCCGAAUCUUCACGUAUACCAUAAAAUAAUGUAAUAGAUCCAGCCAACCGCUCAGUGUCGUGAAAGUUAGGUACAAUUAUUAUUAAUCUCAAAGUUGUGUUGUCAAUUUGUGGAAUGUUAGUGCAAAGCUAACCUAAUUUCGCUUAGACAAGCAACUGGAGAUAUCUGCGAACGAUGAAGACAUUGAAAACGAACUUUGGUCUUCAUUGAAACGAACUUUGGUCUUCAUUGAAACGAACUUUAGUCUUCAUUGAAACGAACUUUUGGAGACACUGAAACGAACUUUUGAAGACAUUGAAAAUGAUAUAUUAAUUUACAUAUGUAAGCUUUUCCAUUGACAUAAUGCUGUUUAAAAAAAAUGCUACUUGUUUUUUCUACACUUUGACGGGGCAUCCCAUUUUCAAAAAGAAAAUAUGCGGAAACUUCUUUGCGUGAAACUGCACUGUAGCACAAACAUUCAGCCGUAUUUUUCCACACUAUUUCCGAAGUAAUACUAAAUAUUUUCAGGAAUGUUUUUUCUUUACAAUACUACAAGCGCUUUGGAUGCAUCGGUCAAAGAGAUGAACUCGCAUAUAUAUGAGAUAGUCAAUUCAACUGGAGUCAUCCAGUUAACUAGGACAGUACGAGUUGAAAUUCUCAAUUUCUAUGAAUAAUUUUGCAGCCAAUGGUUGAUGAUGU